AUGGCAGGAAGGUGCCCACACCCGUGCCCCCCGAGGCGGGCAGCGGCCCUGGCUCUCGUCUCCUCACAGCCUGGCAUCAGCUGUGGCUGCGGGCCCUGGACAGAGAGGAGAGGCUACAGGAGCAAUGGGAGAGGCUACAAGAGGUCACGGGCUGACUUCGAGCACUUUGACUUCUCCUCGUGGCGGUGUCGUUACAUGCAGUGGAUCGCAGACAGGAAGUGCCGUCUGCUGGACGUGUUCCGCUCCAUCGACCGCGAGCAGCGCGGUCUGGUCUCCAGAGAGCACUUCAUCCACAAUGUGCUCACCUCCAAAUUUCCAACUAACUCCCUGGAGAUGGCUGUGGUGGCUGACGUGUUUGACCUGAACGCUGACGGCUUCAUUGACUACUGGGAUUUCACCAGCGUCCUGCACCCGAGCCGAGAUGCCCUGCGUCUCCGAGACUCCCACACCAUCCACGACGAGGUCAGUCGUCAGGUGGCUCAGUGUAACUGUGUGAAGAGGUUCCUGGUCGAACGGAUCAGUGCCAACAGAUACCGGUUCGGGAACUCCCAGAGGAUGAGGAUGGUUCGGGUGUUGCGCUGUACGGUGAUGGUGCGAGUGGGCGGGGGCUGGAGCGCGCUCGAUGAGUUCCUGGUGAAGAACGACCCGUGUAGAGUGAAGGGACGCACCAACAUUAAGCUGAAGGAGCGAUACCUGACGCCCGAGGGCCACGGGACCCCCACAAGCCAAGUCGCAGCUUCGCCGCCCACCUGGAACUCCGUCAGGACCACCAGCAGCUGCAUGUCUGCCCCCAGCAGUCCGCGGGCCAGGAAGUCUGUUGUCCGGAGAAGCCGAUCUGGAGAUCGUUCCCAAUCCCAUCCUCAGUCCAGGAAUUCCUUUGCGUUGGAGGAGGCUGAGUUCAAGGUGUGCACUGCCUCUACCUGCCGCCUGGCAGCCUCUGAUGUUGACCGGUCAGUGGUGCUGGAGGCUGAAGAUGCUCAGAGCAGAGACAGCACAUCUGGUUGCGACCAGCGACCGACUAACCAGCCGCCUGUGAUCGGUGAUUGA